CAAAAACCGUAUGCAAACACUCCCUCAGCGAGUACCGCUUUCCACUUAGUGGCUGUAAAAUUCUUAGAUCUUUUAACAGACUAAGCAUUUUGUUCCGGGGGCCAAAUCUAUUCCUAGGUGGGAGGAUUUGCUGAAAUACAAAACUUUUUGAAAUGUUAUUUUUAAUCACUGGUGAUUAAAGGCUUCUAAUUUUAAACCAAAGUUCACAGGAGGUUUUCAGGGAAGUCGAAGGAGAUUUUCAAUGAGAAAAUGAACUUUUUUAAACAAAUCAAAGCUUUUAUUUUUUUCCCCAGAACAAUUGGAGGAGGAGUCACUUCUUGGGGUCAGCAUUUGGUUGAAAUUGAGUGAAAUUAUGAGUAGCCCACCCCUUCACCUAACGACUCCCCCUUCCUCCCCUCCCCCUCUCCCCAUCCUCGCUUCUAUUGCCUGCAUCACGCUGGAGACCCCGUUGAGAGGAUCUUUUCUCUAUAAGAGGAGAUGCAGCUCCGUAGCCUCUGAGAUGAUCGCUCGAAUUUACGGAGGCGCGCUUCUCCGCUUCUAACUUCGGACUUUUUUCGGCUGUUCCGACAGAUUUGGACGGUUGGAAAACUGAAGGACUCUUCUCCAUCUUUUUUGUGUGUGUGCGUGUAAAAACGAGGAAUCUCUUGUUCUGAUUUGUUUUGAGUGCUGUUUUAUUCCUGACUCCCGAAUAAGAGCUCCAGUUUUCAUUGUAGUUUAGAUUUGCGCGUCGUCGCCUCUUGGAGCGGUUUGCGCUGCAGGUGCUUCCAAAGGGAGCGCGAGGACAGAUGGCUGCGCUGACGAUACAGAGGACUGACAACUUUUUACACACCUUUCUCCAGGACCGAACGCCCAGCUCCUCUCCAGAAGGAGCGCCUAACGCCCUCUCCUUCCUGGCCACCACCUGCAGCCAGGCCUGGCAGGUGGGGGGCACCAUGGCCUCAGACAGUGCCCAGUUCCCCUACGAAGGCACCGUUAGCUCCACCUCUGGGAUGUUUCAGCUCUGGAGCAACGACAUGGCGCCCAGCACGGCCCUAAGCACGCAUCAGAUGACCUUCACUGUGCCCAAGGUGCAGUUUCCAGGACACAUGCAGUCAGGCCUGGGUCAUCAUCACCAUCACCAUCACCCCCAUCACCACCACGAGCUGCCUCUCACCCCUCCAGCUGAACCUGCAUCCUCCUAUUCCUUCGAACUGUCUCCUGUUAAAGUGCUGUCUUCACAGCCCCAGGCCAGCAGCCCGUAUUAUCCUCAGCACAACAGCGUGGGACAAAACUUCCCAAGCUUUCUGCAGAACUCCUCCGCCAGGCAUCACCUGUCAGGAGGCCACAUGGAGGAGGCACAGCAGUGGUGGAGCCUACCACAGACCAACACAGCUCCUGCCAACCAUCCCUUCACUCUCGGCAGGCAGCUUGUUUUAGGUCACCAACCGCAGAUAGCUGCCCUCCUCCAGGGCACAUCCAAGGGUCUGCUCAGCUCCACGCGCCGCUGCCGGCGCUGCAAAUGCCCCAACUGCCAGGCGAAUGGUGGUGGGUUGGAGUUUGGGAAGAAAAGACUGCACAUCUGUCACAUCCCCGAGUGUGGUAAGGUGUACAAGAAGACAUCUCACCUGAAGGCACAUUUGCGCUGGCACGCCGGAGAGAGGCCCUUCAUCUGCAACUGGCUGUUCUGUGGUAAAAGCUUCACCCGUUCAGACGAGCUGCAGCGGCACCUCCGCACACACACCGGGGAGAAGCGCUUCGGAUGUCAGCAGUGUGGCAAGAGAUUCAUGAGGAGCGACCACCUCUCCAAACACGUCAAAACCCACCAGACCAGGAAGGGCCGGUCAGGGCAGCCUCCUCCAAGCACAGAACCGAUGCUCACCAGCAUUAAGAGAGAGUGAUCUCUGUGGGGUCGCCCCUCUGAUCAAACAAUCUGCAUUAACCAAACUGUGGAAUUCACGCUUACUGCCAUAGAUUUGCACUACAGGGUACACAUUAAGCCCCCUGAUUUGUUUUGUUUACCAUCAAUCCUUUUUCUGUUAUUUUGUGAUGUUUCGCUGCUUUCAGUGAAGUUUUACCUGCAAACUAACCGGUAAUUUAAAUUUUGACUGAUGCGAAAAUCUAUUUUUUAGCAAACUUCAAAAUGUAAAUAAUUUAUCCGCAAAAGAUUUUACAAAACCGACGACCUUGACACAAAGAUCACGUUGAAUGAAAAUGUUUACCUUUUGAAAUAAUAGUUUUUAUCUUUUUUUUAAAAAUAAACAAAGCGUGUGUUAAUUAGAUUUUUAUUCCUAAAAACAUCUCUCUGUUUGUUUGACUCAAGCUGAGGAUCUCUUUUGAAGUGUAAACACGCAACUCUUUGAUCUGCGGAUUUAUCUGCUCUUAGGAAGCGAUGUGAUGCACCGACCCUGCAGAUUAGCAAACAUUCAAUAAUUUAAAGGACGUUUGUAAUUUAUGUAUGAUCAGCGCAAACAAUUUAUUUGGAUUUUGAGCAUGUACAUUUUAAUGAACACUUUGUCUUUGUUCUUAUUAUUUCCUGCAUCAAUAAAAAUAUGAUUUUAAAUCCA